CACACACAGAGUGAUUCACUUCUCUAAGCAAAACUACUUCAGUAGAGUACAGGGCAGAUGACAUGGAGACCAAUAAGAGAGAAGCCCUGCAAGAAGACUAUGAUGCAUUUGGUAUCUCUGAUGAGCUUGGAUUUCUCCUAGAAGAGCCACUGACUCACCUUCCAGAUUACUACCGGCUGUGGUUGGACCUGGCAAAUAAUCUCACACAUCUGAUAGAGUCACGUAAACUACGGGAUCUGGUUCACAAGAUGCCGGUGUUGAGUCCUAAUCUCUUGAGCAGCCAUCAAGAGCUCAGGCUGGCUCACCUAGCGCUGGGAUUCAUCAGUAUGGGAUAUGUAUGGCAGGAUGGAAAACAAUCACCUGCUCAGAUUCUUCCUAAAGCCCUGGCUUUGCCUUAUUGGCUGGUAUCUAAUAGACUUGGCCUUCCUGCCAUCCUGACUUAUGCAGAUUCAGUUUUAUGCAACUGGAAAUUAAGGGAUCCCACAGGGGAAAUGGAAAUUGGGAACUUGGACUUGAUAUUUUCCUUCCCUGGUGGGGAGAGUUGCAGGGGAUUUUUUAUUGUGUCAUUGUUGGUUGAGAUGUCUGCGAGUUCAGGCAUUACGGGAGCUCUGGAGGUGAUGCACGCCAUGAAAACCUCUGACCUUAGCGGCAUACAGAGAGGUCUCCUCAAAGUGACUCAGUCUUUGAAGAAGAUGAGGGAAACUUUCAAACUCAUGCACAAUCAUGUGGAUCCAACUUCGUUUCAUGGAACGUUGAGAAUUUUUGUCUCAGGGUGGCGAGACAACCCGAUGCUUCCAAGAGGGCUGUUGUAUGAAGGUGUGAGCAAUGAGCCAAUUUUGUUAUCAGGCGGAAGUGCAGCCCAGAGUUCAGCCCUUCAGUGCUUUGAUGCGUUGCUCUGCAUCCAGCAUGAGGAUGAGACGGGAGCCUUCCUGACCCGCAUGAGGGAGUAUAUGCCUCCCGCCCACAGUCAGCUGAUUGAGACUCUGUCAGUCUGUCCAUCUCUGCAAGACUUCAUCCUGUCCCACUCCAGCUCCGAUCUCUGCCAGGCCUACAACUCCUGUGUCUCAGCGCUGGUAGAUUUAAGGAACUACCACCUCAAUACUGUGGCCAAGUACGUUAUUCUGCCCGGUUCUCAGGUCCGCGCCAUGGGCUGCCCGCUGAGAGGUGUUGGCACCUCGCUGAACACCACGGGGACCGGCGGAACGAGCUUCAUGGUCUUCCUCAAGAGCACUCGUAAUGCCACUCAAAAAGCAUUGAUCCUAGAGAGGCCAUCUGCGUCAAGAGAAACUGAAAUGUGAUUUACAGCAUUAAUUAUAAUAUGCACAUUAUCCAACACCUUUUUAUACACUACGCUGUUGCGGUUCUAUUUAUAAAUGAAAUAAAAGUAGGUAAACUGGGUCAGCGGAUUAAGUUACUUCACUGUAAUGUUUAGUAAAUACUUCUUUGUUAUGAUGAUCCCUUACACUGUAGAAACGAAGAGAGGAGAAUAUUAACAUCAAACAUAUUGUUGCUUUUGUUGACCUACGGUGGUUUAUUUUUGUAACGGUAAUGUGUAAGUGUACACCUGGAUGUGUCAGUGCACUGUGACAUCACUAAUUAUGCCAUAUUUCACAGGCCACCUCGGCCAAGGUUACAGAAAAAAUAUAACGCAUCAUAAAAUAAAAAUAUGGUAAGCUGAAAUGAUUUUUUUUUAAUCCCAGAAUAAAGGCAAGCUUCUUAUGUAUUGUUGACUUCCAUAUAAUAUAGUCCUUGAUAUUACUGAAUAAACUUCACUGUUCUUGACAUAAUAAUUCAUGUGGUAUCUUUGAUAAAACUCGUACAGACAGUGCUAUAAAGUGGAACUACAUCUAAGGAUGCAUUUUAUUUAUUAUUUGUAUCUGUUUUUGUAAAAUAAUGUAUGAAUUGCAGUACCUCCAAUCUGGACACCCUUGAAUCUUAAUACUAUUUUUGUGAGAAAUUACUUGAAUGUUAAAAAAACUGUAAUUAAAGUAUAUCAAAAAGG